GCAGCAGAAGCGGCAGAAGCAAGCGCGACCAGAGCCCGAACCUACAAUGGGCCGAGACCAACCACCCGGGCCCACUGCCCUCCCCUCCAAACCACCGCUCGACACCCUCAUCUCCGCCCACGACUUCGAGCAGGCGGCGUCCGUCUCCUUUUCCCCCAAGGCCUGGGCCUUCAUCUCCUCUGCCGCGACGGACCUGCACACCAAGGCCCGUAACGCCUCCGCCUACGCCCUCAUCGGCCUCCGCCCGCGCAUCCUCGUCGACGUCGCCUCCGUCUCCACAUCCACCGCCAUCCUCGGCAACCCCGUGCGCGCCCCGAUCUUCUGUUCGCCGACCGCCAUGGCCCGUCUCGUCCACCCGGACGGCGAGAAGGAGCUCGGCCGCGCCUGCAAGUCCGCCGGGAUCCCCCAGUGCGUGUCCGUCUCGGCGUCCUUCCCGCUGGACGAGAUCUUCGCCGCGCGGGCCACGCACCCCUCCCCUCCCGCCGCCGAGGGUGCGGCGGCGCCCCACGUGCCCGUCUUCUUCCAGCUGUACGUCGACAAGAACCGCGCCAAUUCGGAGCGCCUCAUCCGCUCCGCCCAGGCUCAGGGCGUCAAGGCUCUGUUCCUCACCGUCGACGCCCCGAUCCCGGGGAAGCGCGAGGCCGACGAGCGCGUGCGCUCCGACGAGUCCCUAUCCUCGCCCAUCUCCGGCGCCCGCGCCGGCAACGACGCCAAGGGCGGCGCCCUCGGCCGCAUCAUGGGCAGCUACAUCGACGCGUCGGUAAACUGGUCCGACAUCGCCUGGCUGCGGCGCACGGUACCGGGCCUGCCCAUCGUCCUCAAGGGCGUGCAGACGUGGAUGGACGCCGAGCGCGCCGCCGAGGCGGGCGUGGAGGCUAUCGUGCUCUCGAACCACGGCGGGCGCAGCCUCGACACGUCUCCGGCGACCGUCAUGGUCCUGCUGGAGCUGCAGAGGAACUGCCCGCACGUCUUCGACAGGGUCGAGGUCUACGUCGACGGCGGCGUCUCCCGCGGGACCGACAUCUUCAAGGCGCUGUGCCUGGGCGCUAAGGCGGUUGGUCUGGGCAGGGGUCUGCUGUAUGGCCUCAACUACGGCGCCGAGGGCGUGGAGAGGUACAUUGAGAUUCUGCGAGACGAGCUGGAAACGACGAUGAAGAUGUGCGGCGUCACGAGCCUCGACCAGGUCCACCCGGGCUUUCUCAACACACUGGCCGUGGACCAUCUGGUCCCGGGACGGCAGGACAACCCAAACACGCCCUGGCGCCGUGACAGACACAGCCGGUUGUGAAGCCUUGCCCGGCAUCAAAGGCACAUGACGACGUAUCCACGAUGCAUGCUUGGUGGCAA